AUGUUAUGUAACAUCUCGGAACUAAUCGAUAAUUAUCAUCAUUUAGCAGUACAAGAGAAAGAAGAUCAAGAAUGGAAUAAAUUUGCACGUAAACGAAAUUACAUGAUUUUAAUGGAACGUUACCCUGUUUUAAAUCCACGCCUAAGACGCUAUUGUUCAUCUUCUUGGACAACACCCAACAGAGAAACUACUCCUAGUAAGAAGGUAACUAUUCCCGCUGCUGAAGCAUCUUCUGAAAUCCCACCAUUCAACGUUGAUGAAUACAUCAAUCAACCAAUUAACAUUGAUAAAAUUACCAAUAUUCAUCAACGUCAUUUAGCUCCUCAAAUUCAACCAAGAUAUACAUCGAAUUUAGAACCACGACCAAAAAGUUUAGUUGUUAAACGAUCAAUGCGUUGUCGUGUCUGUGAACAUAAUCUAUGCAAAGCGGAUUUUAGUCCAAGUUCUAUUAAAUUUCGAAUUAAUUUAAAUGCAUUAUAUCAUGUUCCAGAAUUACGAUUUAUUAUUCCACCAACAAUUAAUAAAGGAUCAACAUUUGAUUUAAAACAGACUAUGAGUAAAACUAACUUAACAUUGGGACGUCGUACUUCAUCGACAUUAGUUUCUAUGAAAUAUGAACCUGUCAUUCAUUCUAAUGCUACACCUGGUCAAAAAAUAAAUAUAAUUUUAACCAUAAGUAAUCCUAUGCAUCGGAUUACAACUUUUUCAUUACGUCAAUUGACUUCACAAGAAGAAAUAGAACAUCUUGGACAUUUAAUUAACAGCAAUAAGCAUGAACUAAAUUCACUUUCAUCUACAAUCGAAAUUCAAUCUAUUGAUAAUGCCAAUGAAUCAAAAAAGGAUCCUACUACUAUCAGUAGUGACACAGCAUCAUUAUUGUCUGAUGAUCAAUUAACAUGUUUUUCAACUGUAAAUCUCAUUUUACCAACCGAAGAGUUAAAACUUGCACCCCGUAAUGACAUUAUGGAUUGUGAUGUAACUCCAGGUCAAAGCUCUGGCGAUUACAAAGAUGAUCCUAAGAUAGUGGCCUUCCGUCGUGGUAACAAACUAGGUAUUAAUGUUACUUUAAUACCAAAAACCAAUAAGUUACCGACAUUGCAAAAUUCAAGUUUGGUUCCGGUUAGCGAAGAUCAAAUAGUUGAUCAAUUUCACAAAUCUGAACAACUGAUCCCUUUACAAGCUGCAAUUUACAUGAAUUUCGACUACAAAAACACAUCAACUACUCUGUUAAGUGCAGCGAGUAAUAAAACAGUGGCAACUGACACUACCAAAACACAAGGAAAGAUUCCAGAAACAGCUACAACCACUGAAACAUCAAUAUUGUCAGCAACAACUGCCACUGCUUCUACAACAUUAGAACAACGUGUUUUACCCCCAGCUGAUGAAAUCAAACAAAUUCAAAUAGUAGCAUUAUUUAAUUUUGGUUAUAUGCCUGUCAACGAAUAAAUUAAGUACAUCUAAUAAUAAUUAUUUUGUUGACUUUCAGUCAUUUAACUAUGUGAUCAGAGUUUACAUGACUUUUUCUUUGUGAUGAAGCGUAUUUAUUAACCUGUGAACGGUGUGUUUGGUUUACAUUAUUCUUUUAUCAUAGCUUAUUUUUCAUAUUUGAGGGUGUUUCUGGUGACUAUUGAAAAUGAUAACAAACAGUUAAAUCUCCCAAUUAAUUACAUGUACUUCAUUUUGCAAUACAAUAACAGGUGCAAGUCUUUUAUUUACAAAUAAAUAUUAUCAUACAUAUCA